AUGGCUGGUCUCUCUGCUAGUGGAUCCGCCUUCGUCCUUGACACCUUCUCAGGCCCCAACUGCGACCGUGUCGUCCAAACAGAUGUCAACGUCUGGGACCACACCUGUGCGACUUGGCCUGAGGGUUUCCAGUCUUUCAAGAUCAAAACUCGGGGGGGUGCUACUCAGAAAGCGUACUUCUUCGGGCCGGAUAACUGCGGAAGCAUUCCUGGCGCUGUCGGUAGUGGCUUUGUGGGUGCCGACUCGAAGGACUAUACACUUGGACGCUGCUAUGCUUUCAACGUUCAACAAGAUUGUAGUAGCAUUGUGGAUUGUCUUGGGGAGGAGGCGUGGAAAGAGAAGAUUUCACCGAGCUCGGAGAGAUUUACGGGUCUUUCUGUUUAUGAUAAGGCCCAAAGCUCGAUUACAGUGCCUCUGUUCUGCAUCGGUGAAAUCGGUGUCCUUGGCUAUCAUCCACACAAACAGCGCGAGAAAACAAUGAAAACUCCCCAACUGGGCCACCUCGGGGGGCGUAUUUUACUAUUCGGACCUCAGAGAAUUAAUCGCAAGAGGAAACUACCUGAGAAGGGGCAGGAGAACGCACAUGAAUACGAGCACGAGGAUGCGCACGAUGGGAACAAAGUUGGGUACGCAGUCGGACGCGGACGUGAGGAUGGUGAAUUUGCGCUAGGCCGAGAAGGCGCAGAAGCUAGUGCAGGUGCAGGGACCGCGAAGCAAGAGACGAUACGUAUGCAGAGUGGCAGGGCAGGACCUCACUAUCUAGCCUACAUUCCUCCACCAGUUUAUCUUCAAGCCCCUAAAAUUAUCCUCAAUCAACAUUCGUCUAUACGUUCCCUGACGUUGUCGCCACCGACGCAGAUAUUGCUCCGUGCCAUGGCUCAGUGGCUCUGUCGACGCUUCGAGAGGCUCUUUCGGCAGCCAUCCCCUCCGUCGGAUCUGGGAAGGUUCGCUCUUCCUGCAGAGAUAAUCUUGAUGAUCACGUCGCAUCUUGAUGGUCUUUCCACAACAUUCCUCGCCUUCACUUGCCGAGAUCUAUAUAGCCUCUGUACUCCUGGACAGCUGGUGUUGACUCCGGCGGAGAGGACCCAGCUAUUGCAGUACCUUGAGGACAACAUCGCUGAUGCUUAUUUCUGUCGGUAUUGUGGGACACUGCAUCGCUGGCACGGGUACUGGAGUCAUCCUAUCUUGCGCUGGAUCUCAGAGCACACACCGCGCCAGCAUGGCGGAGAUGACAUCUAUUUCUCACCAUUCAUCCAAAUCCCGUUUUCGCAUGCGCACUUGGUCAUGAAACGACACUUUCGCGGCUGCGAACACGGUCCACUUCCAACCUUCCUCGACAAGCAAACACAUACGGAAUAUCACAGAAACGGUGUCAAGCAGUCCUCAGCUCGUCACGCACGCAUCGUCCAUGAUCAAUUGCUGGUAAUAACAAAGAUCAUCAUUUCUCAACGAGAACGCGAUUCGAAGAGCUUGCGAGAGAAUAUCAAACAUACAUGUCGACCCAUUUGUUGGCAUCUGUAUGCAUCUCGUGACCCUCUGUUAACGCAGUCCCCCAAGCUUGCCAUCCAGGCAGAUACUCCCGAAGCAUCCCCCCUUUCGGACGAUUCAACUCGGUCGUGUCCAAUCUGCCACACAGACUACAGUAUCAAUGUAUUUUGGCAAGGCCAAAGCGAAGGCUACGUUGUCGAGAUAUGCAUCUAUAGCCAGCUGGGCAGCUGUCGAUCGCCACUCGAUUGGAGCUGGCUGACCAUGGCCUGCCCACGAACAGACGAGAGGUUUCGAGUAGAGCUCGAUGAAAGAUUUGGACCCGGUUCCGUGAGGAGACUCUGGCAUGAAGCUGACGGUCAUCCAGUUCUGCCAGAUGCUAAAUGGAUAGACAUGUUCGAGGAACUGCUUGUCAUGUUUCGCAGGCGCGGAAUGGGCUUGCAUCAGUCAUUUUCAUCAGACCAUCCAGCUAUUCGGCUGAGAGACCGUUCCUAUGGUUACAACUAUGCUUACGAGCUUUGGAACCGACCACUUAGCUGGCAUAUUCCUCGGAAAUAGGGC